AUGAGUACUUUUUCGCCAGAUGUGGUCAACACAUUUGACGAUUAUGAUACUCAGGCUGAUGGUGCACCACCUGAUAUACUCAGGGCUGAAACCGCAGAGAAAUCUUACUUCGAUUUGAAGCAAGAAUUAAUUGUUUCUGAUCAUAAGACUCUCAGAGACAUCGCUGCUUCUACGAUUCAGAAUCAAUGGCGAAUAUGGAAAGUUCAUCAGCAUUUUCGAAAGUUUCUUUUCAAUUUUAGAAAAUUAAGACUAAAAAGAGAGCGUCCAAUCUUCAAUUUACUCCUUUUAAACUCAUAUGUAGGUGGAGAAAAACGCAGACAAUACUAUGAAGAGACAAACGAGAACAAAAUCACGUGGAGAGAUCUUUAUAUCAGUGUUAAAAAGUCAUCUUUCGAACUUUUCACAGCAACAAACUUAAUGUUCAUUCCUUCAACGGAAAACGACCAAAUACUGAUAAAAUUCACAAGGCAAUGCGCUAAACCAUUACUUUCAAAAGUAUUUACUGAGUGGAGGAUCCUUAAACAGCGAAGCAAAUACGAGAAAAAGAUAACUAGAUACGAUUCUCUUUGCGUCCGUAAGUUCGGUUCUUUAUAUACUACAUUCGAAGUUUGGUACAAAUAUACGUUAUUAAAGAAGAAGCAAUAUACAACUUCGAAUUUCCCGCAGUGGGAAAAUAUCAUCAAGAGAAAGAAGAAUCGAGCUCAAGUUUACGAAGAUGCCCUUCAAAUUUUCAAAAAAACAUUAAAAAGAAGAGUAAUUACAUCAUUAUCCAACAAAAUGGUUAACAGACGCAUCCAAGACGAUAUAGUUAAGGAAGCCGAUGUAUUUAGAGACAGACAAAUCCUUAAACUCGGAAAUGCAGCUUGGACAAAAUUUAUGGACCAGAAGAAGUCGAAAAUGAGGCUUGAAAGAAGUGUAAUUUUUAAUUGGUGGACAUUAGUACAAAGCAAGAAGUAUAAUAAGAUGCUUUUCAAGACUUUUGUCGAUCGAUCAUCUUAUCUCAAGAAAAGAACAUCAUUUAACGCAUUGAUGAAGAAUGUCAAAAUAGAAAAAGCGAUAGAGAUCAAUGGCAACAUGAAAUUGGCAAAUAACAUGUCAUUAUCGUUAUAUUUAGCUUUUACUCUCUUGAAGAAGCCAGACAAUGCCGCAUUAGCUCUUUCCUUCCAUGAAUGGCGCAGAUUUGUUCGCGGAAGACGUUUCUGGGUCCAUUUUAUUUUUGCAGAUAUCAGAGCUUCGCAAUACGACCCAUUAAAGAAGAAAGCGUUUGAGAUUCUUCGCAAGGCCAAGCAGAGGACAAUUAUCAACCAAUCCUUCAAUUCAAAAGCCUUCCAAAUGGAGUCGAUGCAGAUAUACGAAACUGUCAUGACAAAAAACGAUCCAAGAGGCGAAUUCUAUUUAUUAUCAUACGAUAAAGAGAUAGAGGAUGAACUCGCACAGACAAAAACUCCUCUACAACAAGUAGAAGUCUUCACAAAAGCUUGGCAAAAAAUGAAAAGUGAUCCGUCACUUUUUAAGAGAAUUAUAUUAUUGUACAAAGCUAAGAUGGAGUCACAGAAGAACACGGAGAGUAUUCCUGAACGUACUAAACGGUUGUAUAUGACUUCCAUGAACAAUUUAUCGAUGAUGGGAUAUUUAAGUGAAGAAAAAUGGAGACAAAUCAUCAAAUUACAGAAUGAAAACCAAAUUCGAAUGUUCCGGAAUAGACAGAUGUUCAUGCACAAUGAUAACAUCAUUAUGUUGUCACAUGACUCCCAUAACGAAGCAAAAGAAUUUGAAAAGAAAUCAACUUUUUUCAAAACUUUACAAAAACCGUACAAAAUUCAAGAAAAUUUAUUGAAAAAAGUUGAAGAAAUUUUACCACUUUCCAGCAUCAAACCUGCUGACAAUGUUCCUGAAUUCGUUCUUGUGCAAGGUGUCAGAUCUGUUCCUUAUUCAUUUAAGUCACAACUCAAGCAAAUAAGGAAACAAAUCGCUGAUGACAGAUUGAAAAUGUCUGCUGCAAAUAAAAGUGACAAAAAACAUCUGAAAAUUCUGAACCAGCAGACAUCGAACGAGGCAAGAAGGAGAUCAACAGUUUCCAAUAUCCAUAACGAGUCAUUUAAUACAAAGACGAUAGAAAGUGAAGUGGAAAUCCGACCACAAACCGGAAUCAACCAAAGAUUGAAUGGAAUCUUUCCUCCUUUGUACAAAAAAGGCACUCCUUCUUUGAAUGUACAGCUCGUUAAGUUCUCCAACGAUUUCGAAUACAAUGUUGAAGAGAAAGGAGACUCCGAUGAUGAAAACAUUCCUUUGAACGCUUUGGAAAUGUCUCAAGCAGCCAAAGAAAUGUUAAGUGAAGCGAGAUUCCAGCAAUCAAUGGUUUUCGGAUCAAGUUUCGCGAGUUUGUUGUCUUCCAGUGCAAAAAUUUCGAGAUUUUCUUUUCAAAAUUUGCCUCCUUUCGAAGACAAAGAUGAAUACAAAGAAGAACAAACAAUUGACGAGGAAAUCGACGAAGAAAGUGAUGAUUUACUUGGUUUGUCACAAAGAACAGGACGUCAAACAGGUCGUAAGUCUUCUUUGAAGGAAGAAGUCGAAGAAAACAAUGAGGAAGAAGAAUUCCAAACAAUGAAAACUCUUUCGGAAUUGGAUGACCCUGAAGACACAAUGAAAACAAAAAAAUACCAAGAUUUCCUCUCAAUUUUGUUUGGCAAAACCGUUUCUGCCAACCAAUUCAUGAAAUUAAACACAUUGAGAAAGAGAAUCAAAGAUGAAAUAACUUCUAGAAGGGCAAACGCAGCAAUUGGACUCGAUACUGUUGGAAAUUCUUUCGGAAUUACAAAUGUUUUGGGUGAAUACAGAUACAAAAAGAAAAAAUUGAAAAAAUCUAAAGCAAAAAGUGACAGAAAAUCAAAAAGUAACAAAGUCUCAGAUGAAGAAAAAGAAGGCGAAGAGUAUGAAGUCAAGUAUAAUUCAAGGAAAUUCAUGACUAAGAAAGGAAAAGAUGGUUUGAGUUCAGAAGAACAAAGUGAUUAUUCCGAUGACGAAAACGAUUCAAACAACGAGGAAAUCAACGAAGAUCGUGAUGAUUUGAUGAAUGAAAAGAAAGACAUUGAAGAGGCACUGAGUGACAAUGACGAGAACCUCAAUGAUGUCGACAUCGACGCAGCCGAAGAAGAAAAAAAUUCAGAAAAAGAAAGCGAUUCUGGUUACGAAUACGAUGAAUACGAAUACCAGUACGACUAUGAUUACGAGUAUUCAGAAGAAGAAGUUGAUGGUGAGAAGAAAAGAGUUAAGAAGAAAGUUAAAAAGAAUAAGAGAAAAGUUAAAAUUUCUCAUGGUAAAAAUUCAAUGAAAUUUUCUGACACAAAAAGUGCCACAAAAAGUGAAAGUCAAUCCAGUUCUAUCACUCAUCCUUCUUCAAAUGUUAAUGAAGGAACAACGAAGCGCAUCAGGAAGAAGAAGUUGAAAGACCACGCGUUGAAAGAAGUCAAUAAAAUUGUUUUCAAAAUGCUCGAAAAUUCAAUUCUCGAAAGAUUCGGAACAGAAGAAGGUCCUUUGGUCGAAGUUGAUCCUAACUACGUCCCAGAACUCGAUCUCCCUGAGAAGAAGAUUGACGAUGCUCCUGUUUUCGUAACAACAAACAUCACGAAGCCGAAAGUCCAAAAGAAACAUGAAAUAUUCAAAGCGAAAACAUUUAAGAAACCAGCGAGAAUUGUUAUUCCUGACAGAAAAGAGAUGGACCAAACUGUUUAUAACGCUAUCCUUGAAGGCGACAAAUUCACAACAGUCACUUAUAACAACGGAACAAAUACUGUUUCUAAAAGACCAACUACAACAGUUGAUUCCAAUCGUUUUAUGGCGAAUCAUCAUUAUCAACCUGUUUACAGAUUUUCUGCUGGUUUCCAGAACAGAGGAUUGCACUUUGAAGAUGAAGAAAAAGUCGUUUCAUUCGGAGGAGGCGAUAAAAGACACAUUAGUUCAAACAAUGUCGGUUUCAUGCAAGUCAGAAUCAAUAACAUGAAAAGAAAAGGUCUGACAAAACCGAUAACCGCUUCACCUCAACCGAAAACGAUUCCUGAACUUCGUGCAACGUCAAGUCAAUCUAAUUCUCGUCAGAACAAGACCGUUAAAGACGACGGACUUCAGAUUUUGGAGAGAAAGACAAUGACUUUCGUCCAAACUUUGAGUUCUUACACAAAUGACCAUGAAUUCAAUCUUUUUGUCAGAAACGUGACAGUUUUGCCAAAAAUGAUGAAACCUGUUAUUGAUCCGAACAUAUCUGUACAAUUUGAUUCAGUCAUGGCUUCAUAUUGUGGCUGCAAACCAAUGGAUAACAAUUCUUUGGAGAUGUUCAAAACUGUUGACCAAGCAACAGCUUUAUCAGAGUUUGUUCAAAAACUAAUUAUUCUUUUGACAACAAAAAAGGCUUCUCCACAAGAUUGUAGUCGUGCAUCAAUAAAGCUGUUUAAGACACAGCCACAACACAUUUUGAUUCUCCAAAGAUGUGUGAAUUUGGAGGCAAAUGAUAGAAAACAAGGCCAAGAAAGAAUGAAGAGAAUGAGGAAUGAAAACAGCACACAAAACAACGGCCAAUGGAUCAUGAAACAGAGAAAGACAGUUACAUUCGCUGAUGUAGGUUGGGUUCGAUCUUUCGAGUAUAGAUUUGUUAGUUUGCAAUUCGGAGAUGAUAACUCUGCAAUCAUUGCUCCAAUUGAUCAGAUGAUUGAAACAAGAGGAACAGGAACUCCACCUUCUUCAAGACCUCCUUCAAUUAUUAACAAGAAACCACAGAAAGAAGAUAAACAGAAGACACAACAAAAUGUCAAAGAAAUCUUGCAGAAAUUCAGUGAAUGUAAAAAUGACAAAGAAAUGGAAAGUGUUCUUGGAAACUUCGAUUUGGAUGAACUUGUUUCUGUCGCUCGUUACAUCGCUUCAGAUGAAGAAAUGGAAUCUUUAUUAUCAAAAUAA